CAGGCGCGAGCCGUCCCCGAACACCUUGCGGUAGGAGGAGGCAGAGCACAAGUAGUGCUCCGAUCCGAAGCUCAUGGUGCCGGGGUCGGGGCCGGGCGCACGGCUGCGGCGGGACCUGGCGAGGACGAGAAGAAUUCAUUAUACAAAUAAAAUGACAACUUCCUGGAGUGAUCGAUUACAGAAUGCAGCGGAUGUACCUGCUAACAUGGAUAAACAUGCCUUGAAAAAGUAUCGACGAGAAGCCUAUCACCGGGUGUUUGUGAACCGAAGUUUAGCCAUGGAAAAAAUAAAGUGUUUUGGUUUUGAUAUGGAUUAUACCCUUGCUGUGUACAAGUCUCCGGAGUACGAGUCCCUAGGCUUUGAGCUGACUGUGGAGAGACUGGUUUCCAUCGGCUAUCCUCAGGAGCUGCUCAGCUUUGCGUAUGACUCUACAUUCCCCACCAGAGGACUUGUCUUUGACACACUCUACGGAAAUCUUUUGAAAGUUGAUGCCUAUGGAAACCUCCUGGUUUGUGCACAUGGAUUUAACUUCAUAAGAGGACCAGAAACUAGAGAGCAGUAUCCAAAUAAAUUUAUCCAGAGAGAUGACACUGAACGGUUUUACAUUCUGAACACACUCUUCAACCUUCCAGAGACCUACCUGUUGGCCUGCCUAGUAGAUUUUUUUACUAAUUGUCCAAGAUAUACCAGUUGUGAUACAGGAUUUAAAGAUGGGGACCUCUUUAUGUCCUACCGGAGCAUGUUCCAGGAUGUAAGGGAUGCUGUCGACUGGGUCCAUUACAAGGGCUCCCUUAAGGAAAAGACAGUUGAAAAUCUUGAGAAGUAUGUAGUCAAAGAUGGGAAAUUGCCACUGCUUCUGAGCCGGAUGAAGGAAGUAGGCAAAGUGUUUCUUGCCACUAACAGCGACUAUAAAUACACAGAUAAAAUCAUGACUUACCUGUUUGAUUUCCCACAUGGACCCAAGCCUGGGAGCUCCCAUCGACCAUGGCAGUCUUACUUCGAUCUGAUUUUAGUGGAUGCACGGAAACCACUCUUUUUUGGGGAAGGCACAGUACUGCGUCAGGUGGAUACUAAAACUGGGAAGCUGAAGAUCGGUACCUACACAGGCCCGCUGCAACACGGCAUUGUCUACUCGGGAGGUUCAUCUGAUACCAUCUGUGAUCUCUUGGGAGCCAAGGGCAAAGACAUUUUGUACAUUGGAGAUCACAUUUUUGGAGACAUUUUGAAGUCAAAGAAACGACAGGGGUGGAGAACUUUCUUGGUGAUUCCCGAGCUUGCACAGGAGCUUCAUGUCUGGACUGACAAGAGCUCACUUUUUGAAGAACUUCAGAGCUUGGAUAUUUUCUUGGCUGAACUCUACAAGCACCUUGACAGCAGCAGCAAUGAGCGCCCAGAUAUUAGUUCCAUCCAGAGACGGAUCAAGAAAGUAACUCAUGACAUGGACAUGUGCUAUGGGAUGAUGGGAAGCCUCUUCCGUAGUGGCUCCCGGCAGACGCUCUUUGCCAGUCAAGUGAUGCGCUAUGCUGACCUCUAUGCGGCUUCCUUCAUCAACCUGCUCUACUACCCGUUCAGCUACCUCUUCAGAGCUGCUCAUGUCCUGAUGCCUCAUGAAUCAACAGUGGAGCACACACAUGUGGAUAUCAAUGAGAUGGAAUCUCCUCUCGCCACCCGGAACCGCACAUCUGUGGAUUUCAAAGACACCGACCACAAGCGGCACCAGCUUACAAGGUCCAUUAGUGAGAUUAAGCCCCCCAACCUCUUUCCACUGGCUCCCCAGGAGAUUACACACUGCCAUGAUGAAGAUGAUGAUGAAGAGGAGGAAGAGGAAGAGUAGGAGGCAAACUAAAACCCUGAGCACCCAUCAACAAGUCUGGCAGGACUCAAGGGGCAAGGGUGGCCUUGGUUGGAUUCUAUUAGGGAGGGUGGGAGGACCUCAUCAAAAGUACAUUUGGAAAGUUUCUGAAGGCUUUAAAUAAUUCUAAUCAUAGCUACUCACUUCAGUUUUGUGUAUCUGUACUCUCUGCAGAUUGUUCGAAACUGUAGGAAGAACAGGUAAAAGGUCAGGCGGAACUGCAUGCAGAUGGCACCCAUUGUGAUAGUGUCUCCCUGUGUCUUCAUCAGUGUCAUCUCCAUACGCUAGGGUAGGAAAGGGGAGCAGAGCCUAGAGCCUGUGGGAAGAGCUAGCCACAGUGCCGUGGUACAACUGUGCUGUUGCUCCGAACCCGCCUCCCCAGGGUGUUGCACAGUACUGUACGUCCGUGGAGAACGGCGUUGUUUCAUUAUCAAGUGUGGUCAGUCCCUGUCAGGUCAAGUUUCCUUCUGUUAGCUUUUGGGUUUCCUCUGUGGCCCUGGCAAGGCUGCUGCUGUGUUGGUGCCUUUGUGGGUUUCCCUGCUGUAGUGUAGUUUUAGACUAGACUGCAGGGGUUUGAAUUUGAGGCAAAAGUCCUCAUCCUUGCUACAUUUUUAAAAAUCGGUAGCACAAAUGCUUUUUGCUAUAUGAAAACAAUUCUUUUGGGGAAUGCAGCUGAAGACAUGAAGACAGGAACAAGUUCCCCGAGAAGAGCGGCUGCUGCCUUCGCCAGCAUGGACUGCAGGCACAUCCUGCUCCCCACACAGAUGGGAGGGCUCUCUAGCCAAAGGCGGUCAGAAUCAGCUCACUUGAGACUACUCCAGGAAAUCACUUCCUGCUCUGAGUAAAGCAAGGGCCUGUGAACAUGAAGGCAUGUGACUGCCCUGCCAGUUCAGGGAGUUGCUCAACACUUGGGGUAGUUUACAGAGUCUUGCUUUGAUUUUCAGUCGUUUUCUUCCAUUCUUGUCCCUGGUCACUAGGGUACUGGCUGCUCUGGAGCGCAGUGGAGUGUGAGUCUCAUGCUGACGUCCACCUGUGCAGUACAGCUGCCAGCUGUCACAGCCGUUGGUCUCUGGAUGGCUCUAGGGUUGACAUUCUCUUAAGGGAAAUUACAUUUUCAAAAUUGCUAACUAUAUCUGUAUCACUUUUAGUUAAAGAACAUGCUUAUAUGUACAGUGUUUCAUAGGUAUAAAGAUUUUUUUCA